CGACCAUCCCUCGCCAUUCUGCGACCACAUUGAAAAACGUUGCCAAAUCAAGAUACCGAACACACAACUACUUAGAUGCUGUGUCAUCCCUUGCGCACUCGAACAUCCACGACCCCGGACAUUCAAUCACCAUGUCGCAACCCACGGGCUUGUUCAGCGUACGUCGACCUAGGGAGACCUUGGGUAAUAUCACGAACUUCUCAGGAAUUCCUCAACCCGCGUCUGCGAUCAAGCGCACCUCUUCGAACACCGAACUGCGAAAUGCGCCGUACACCGCGUCUCAUGUGCGAUCCACCUCGAUAAACCAGAGCAUUCAGCGCCCUGCGCAACCCAUAUUUCAUCGUUCCUCGUCUGGCGGCAAUUUGGCAGAUAUGGGCAUAUCAACGGCUCGGCGAUCGGUGUCGAACAAUAUAUUUGGGAGCACACACACAGGGAGACAGAGUCUAGCGCCCAACCAACUAUUUGGGUCCCAGACACCGGCAUCACAGGGUUUGCAGAGAAGAAGUAGUAUCUUUUCUCGUCCUUCCGGUCAUGGAACCACGGCACACCAGUCGCUGUUCUCACAACCACCCGUACCGGCGGGUGCACCCAAAGACCCAAGGCCAUUGAGAGAUUCGUCGUAUAGGGCACGACUAAGCCAGGAGUUACUCGACUAUCUGACGCAGAACAACUUUGAGCUGGAGAUGAAACAUUCAUUGACUCAGAACUCGGUCAAAUCACCGACACAAAAGGACUUUACAUUCAUGUUUCAAUGGCUGUAUCGUCGCAUUGAUCCAGGUUACAAAUUCCAGAAGAGCAUCGAUACUGAGGUUCCUCCCAUCAUGAAACAGCUGAGAUAUCCUUAUGAAAGAGACAUUACGAAGUCACACCUGGUCGCGGUGGGCGGGCAAAACUGGCCUCGCUUUUUGGGUUUGCUGCACUGGAUGAUGCAACUCGCCCAGAUGCUGGACAAUUUUACGCGCGGUGCUUACGACGAUGCGUGUACCGAAGCUGGUGUUGAUAUCGCCAGCGAUCGUAUUGUGUUCAGAUUCUUGUUCGGGGCUUACCAAGACUGGCUGCAGAUGGGCCCAGAGGAUGAUGAAGAAAGUGAAGAAGCUGCCCUUCAACCACAUAUUCAGGCAAUGACAGAUGAGUUUGAGCGAAUCAAUGCCAAACAUGCUGAGGAGCUAAAACUAUACGAGGCGGAGCACGAAGCGCUACAAGCACAAAUCGAUGAAUUCGAGCGUAACGCGCCCGACAUUGCCAAACUGGACAAGCACUUUAAGAUCUUGGAAGACGACAAGAAAAAGUUCGAGGAAUACAACGCCAAUGUCCAGGCAAAGAUUGAAAAGUACGAUUCAAGGAUCAAAAUCCUCGACGCCGAAAUGCAAAAGGUCGAGGCAGACCUGGAGGUCGUGGAGCAAGAACGACAGAAUUUGCAGCACUCGGUCGAUCGACAGGGAUUGAAUAUCCAAGACAUUGAUCGAAUGAACACGGAGCGGGAAAGACUGGCGAAGAGCCAUGAAGACGCCCUGGUUGCCUUGGACGAAAUCAAUAAGAGGGUCCUCGAGAAGGAAGUCGAAACGGGCCGUAAACUGGAAGAACUCGAGGCAAUUGUCAAACGGUACAAUUCCUUGGGCUACCAGAUGUCCCUGAUUCCUUCAUCGGCGGUCAAUGCGAAGGGUGUAGAUUACGAGCUCUCGCUCAACUUGUCGGAGCCGAAUUUCUCCUCUUCGACAUCCCAGUCACGGCGAAGUCGUGCCUCGCCCAUCGAAUCUGACCGCCUUCUCGCCGACCAAAACGUCGGGUACUCGCCCGUGCAUCUUAUCAAUCUGGACCUCCGCGGCAUGGUGCGCAACGCAUUCAUCUCGCUCCGGAAAGAGAUCAACGAGCGCCGGAAAGCCGCGGCGGAAUCAGACCUUAACGCGCGCGACUUCCUCGACAACAUAUCGGAGGCUCUGCACGAGAAGAACACAGAGAUAGAUAAUCUGAACUAUCGGGUGCAGGAGGCCUCGCGCCAAUAUUCGACGUUGAAAGAGAAUGGCCAAACGGCGCAUACGCAGCAGACCUCGGCGAUCGAAAAACUGGAGAAGGAACUCAGCCGAAUGAGAGAAGGGUUGGAAAAGGGGUCACUGGAGCUCGAGCAGCGCGAGAUGGAGGUCCAGCUGGCGUACGAAGGCAUGCGCGAGGAAAGCGCCAGGGUGCGAGAGGAAUUGCACGGUGGAAUCGAGAAGCUUCUAGAGGACGUCAUCCGAUUCAAGGUCCACGUGCAAAAGGGCCUAGAGGAGUUCGAGGGCUGGGUGGGCGAAGAGGUCGAGCUGGAGUUGUUGGGUGAUGAGAUGGGCGAGCUUGGGCUGGAGGACAAACAUGGGGGGGAGGAGGAUGAACACAUUGGUGGCAAGGUGGACGAGGAUGUGUUUUGAUUUCGAAGUAUUGUCUUAUGCGGCGUCCUGGGAGCUUCCUUUUCUUCCAUCUUGCUUGACGAACGAUAAAUACCAUACAUACGUGGAAAUUGGAUAUGAGAUAUGCAUGUCACCAAAAA